GAUGGGGGACUGGAAGGGCUACAUCAAUGCAGUGCUGCGGGACCAGCGCAUCGAGGACGUGGCCAUCCUGGGCCACUCGGACAAUCGCUGUGUGUGGGCCUCGCGGCCUGGGGGCUUGCUGGCGGCCAUCUCACCGCAGGAGGUGGGCGUGCUCACUGGGCCCGACAGGCGCACCUUCCUGCAGAAGGGCCUGACCGUGGCGGGCCGCCGGUGCUGCGUUAUCCGCGACCAUCUGCUGACCGAGGACGACGGUGUGCUGGACGCACGCACCAAGGACCUGGACGGACGUGCUGUCUGCGUGGGCCACACGCCGCGCUCGCUCGUGGUGCUCCUGGGCCGGCGCGGCGUGCAUGGCGGCCUCCUCAACAAGACCGUGCACGAGCUCAUCUCGGGGCUGCGCCUGCAGGGCACCUAGCGGGC